CCCUCCGGCACACUCCUUCUCGACACCGACAAGGGCCAUUCUACACAUCAUGGCUUCCGUCCCGAGUGUGCAAUGCUUCGGCAAGAAGAAGACGGCCACCGCUGUCGCCCACUGCAAGCAAGGCAAGGGUCUGAUCAAGGUCAACGGCCAGCCUCUCGGCCUGGUCCAGCCUGAGAUCCUCCGCUUCAAGGUCUACGAGCCUCUCCUGAUCGUCGGCGCUGACAAGUUCGCCGGUGUCGACAUCCGUGUCCGUGUCUCCGGUGGUGGUCACACCUCCCAGAUCUACGCCAUCCGCCAGGCCAUCGCCAAGUCCAUCGUCGCCUACUACCAGAAGUACGUCGAUGAGCACUCCAAGAACCAGCUGAAGCAGGCUUUUGUUCAAUACGACCGCACACUGCUCGUCGCCGACAACCGUCGUACGGAGCCCAAGAAGUUCGGUGGUCGCGGUGCCCGUGCCAGGUACCAGAAAUCCUACCGUUAAACGACCCCGCCAAUCAAAAAGCCACGAAAAAAGCGCAGAAUGGUGUUGUGUUUCUCUCAUGGUGUACUGGGGAGGAGAUCAUGGUGCAAUCCCACUGGGCAAUCGAAGAAGGUUCGAAUUUGGUUGUGGCAGUGGAAUGGGUUACUGGCUCUGUCUCGGAUGGAUUUAGUAUAGGCCAGGAAUCUGAAAUAUUACCCAUUUUUCUUGUUUGUCAUUGAUCUGUCCCUAAACAGAGAUAAGCGUUGCGGAUGUUAUCCUGCGUUGUCUGUUUGGGUCAUCUUUCUAACUGUAUGGUCUGGACCAAAAAAGGAAUGCAAUUUUCGGAUAUACUGUGACCAGGACUGACGCAGGAAAGGCGCAGUUGUCUUGAUGACUUUCUACCCUUACAAGACGCGGAAAUCAAACACCAUUCUGCCUAUGAUCGUUGAUGACCUAAUUCUACAAUUUGCUAGAAAUUAUUGCACUUAAC